UUAUCGAAACUUGCACGUGACAUUUGUCUAUUACGUUCAUUGGUCGAUCAGUUCGAUUGUGCCACAAGGUACGAGAAGUCGGACGAUAGGCACCCUCAGAAAUUCUAAUAGUGCGAUUAUUUCGAGGAAGCAACGUGAUGAGGUGUACAGUGGCGGGUCGGACGAGUCAUUUUCUCUCAUUUCGUUUAUUUGAAAUCGAAUACAUCAAAAGUUAAAUUGAUGGCAUCUGAAACCAGAUCUAUGAUUCAAAAUAACCUCGAUAAUUUUUCGAAGCAAGACCGGAUGCGAACUGUUCAAAACAAAGACAGCGAACUAGAGCCACCAUUUCGACGAGCUAUUUCUCUUAGGCUACCCAAAUCAUCGAACUCAAAUACUAUUGAUCGCAAUCGAUUAUAUGUAUCGACAUAUCAUGGAAAAUCAUCGAUGUCCAUGACAUGGACACCAGACAAAACCAUACCAGUUUGUCCCGCCAGGCACUCCACACCUACGAUUGACGCACCUGCGCCGGAAUACCUCGCCCGAAAUCUUCUUCAACUUGGUUGUCCUGCUGUGUCAAUGCCCACACCUCGUGGAGGAGUAGGGUCUGAACCUCCGCAGAGUAGCGAUAGCGAUGAAUACUCGACGACGAAUACUCAACAGCAUAGUCAUGGACAUGGAUAUGGUCAAGGACAGGUGGAUAUCUACAACGUGCCCAAAGUCCAGGUGUCGGGACCAUCGAACAAUGAUGAAUCCUCUUCCGUCAUCAAUGGGUCUGCGGGGUCCAUAGGAGCACGAUCCGCGCCCAGCACGCCUCUUCAAGUAUCUCCUGGUGCGCAACAAGCGGGCCAACAGUCGAUUAGUAGUGGCUCUCAGCUUACAGUAACCUCUGCCAAUAACUCUCAGCCUCCGAGAAGCCCGAGCCACGCGACCUUGAGAUGUAACGACAGUCAUCUUUCGAAACCGCUUAGCAGAAGUGCACCAUCAAUGGCAGCUGGUGGUGUCGUGCAGGCUCCAGGAAAUGUUAACAGGUCCUCGUCCACAUCCUCACCAACAACUACCAGUAGCGCAAGACAGAAGAAAUUUCAUAGGCAUUUCUCUCAGGUUGCUGCGGAUGAACGCGUAUUGAACUAUUAUAGCUGCGCACUGGUAGGCGACAUCUUGUUGCAAGGACAUCUAUACAUCACACCGAAUUACUUUGCAUUCUACAGUAAUGUGUUUGGCUAUGUAACGAAGCUAUUGAUACCUACGAUUUCUGUAUUGAAAAUCAGCAAAGAAAAGACCGCGCGAAUCAUUCCAAAUGCGGUGGCGAUUACUACAGAAGAGGAGAGACAUGUUUUUUGUUCCCUGUUGUCCAGAGACUCGACUUUUAAGCUGAUGAAACAGGUUUGGGAUGCAGCUACGGAACCACAACCGUCACCAACUAUCCUACCGUUGGCAAACGAAGAAAAGCUUCUUGUUCCGUUAGUCGAUGAUUCUGAAGUGAAUCCCGAAGAGGAUGAUUCCAGUAUGUCCGAAAGCGGGACGGAUCUGAAUUCCAGACCGCCGACUAUUUGUACCGAUACCGAUGGUGUUCCAUUGGCAAUUGCCAGACCGAGUUUGCCACCACCUCCAAAAGUGGAACCAUCACCAACGGUGCCGUUAUUACCUACUACGUCCAAAUCCACUGGUAUCUUAUCUUUAUUCAAGAGUGGAUUGAAAACUAGUACAGUGAUCACUAUCCUGAUAGCUCUUUUGGCAGCUCUCUAUGUAUCGGCGGCUCUGAUGAUGAUUCGUAUCGAUAGGUUACACACGGCGUAUCUGAACCAUCCUCUUGUUUCGCCAGAACGUUUCACUCAGGAUCGACUUUUGCAUUAUCUUAAUACAAAUCUUGAUCAAAUAGUAAAGGUACGACAGAGUCUACAAACGUUGUCACAACAGUUUGUAUCAAUGAGCCAAAGUGGUGAAACAGAUCCAAGCGUAUCUGGUGCCGUGGUGGAACCGGAAGAUGCUCCGAGUUAGCCCCCGACGAAGCUAAAUAAUUUAAUGCAACCAAAUAAUACGAGUCCCCAUCGCUUCGCUAGCGUAUGAAGCGUCUCGCAUUAACGCGAGAUUAUCUUUGUGGUCUGCGUCGAUUACUUUCGGCGUGUGAAAACGAUUCCGAAUUGAACAACUAAACGACAAUGCUGUUUCUAGAAUCCUCAAAUAGGCAAAUAUUAUUGUUAGAGUAUCUAGAAUUACCUGAACAGGUUCUGAAAACUAUAGAAUUAUAUUUAAAGUAAAGCGACAAAACAGGAAAAAAAAAAAAAGAAGAAGAAGAAAGUAACAUAUACAAGUCUCAAAAAAGAAAAAUUAUAAGAAUCCUCCAUAUAUAGAUUGAAAAGUAUGCGUAACUCGAUUCUCAAUUUUCAGACAUGCUUGCAGAAUUUAAUUAAGAUGCUUAAACAAAAUAAACAAAAUAAA